GUCAAAGAAGCCAGCGGUCGAAGGUGGCGGCGAGGAGGACCUGUUGAGAGGUACCUGCUGACGACCUUGCUCGUGGUGGCAGUCGGGUGCUUGGCACUGCUACUGGUGCUACUGCUACGCCCUCAGGAGUCAGAUUUAUCAAGAAUAUGCUUAACCGAAGAGUGUGUGAAAACAGCGGCCUCGUUGCUGGCAGCGAUGGACCAAAGUGCCGACCCCUGCAACGAUUUCUUCCAGUUCGCCUGCGGUGUCUGGAACAAGAAACACGUUAUUCCAGAGGAUCGAGCGUCUAUCAACACCUUCGAAGUUAUGGCCGAUCAGCUACAAAAUAUUCUCAGGGGUCUUUUGGAAGAGGAUGUGUCACCGGGCGAAGGGGAAGCAACCAAGAAGGCAAAGAUCUUUUACUCGUCAUGUAUGAAUACAAGUCAGAUUGAGGAGGCCAAGGACGAGCCACUGGACCAAGUCCUGGAGAGCCUGGGAGGAUGGCCCGUCACGCAGGAGAACUGGACCCUCCCGGAGUUCUCCGUCGAGACCCUCAUCGGGCGUUUGCGAGGGGAACUGAACCAGGGAAUCCUGAUAGAUCAGUGGGUCGGGCCCGACGAUACGAACUCAUCCGUCAACGUCAUACAGUUAGACCAAAUGGUACUGGGGCUGCCUUCCCGGGACUACUUCCUGAGGGCUAACUCCUCCCGGCGAGCUCUCGACGCCUACCUGAAAUUCAUGACGGACGUGGCUGAACUCAGGGGAGCCAAUCGAACUUACGCCGAAGUACAGCUGGGAGAAGUCUUAGCCCUGGAGACUCGGUUGGCCAACGCGACCAUGCCAGAAGCCGAUCGCCAUGACACGGGCAGAAAUUACGUCAAAUUGACUCUGGCCCUUCUGGAGCAGGAAGUCCCCGAGUUCAAGUGGUCCGACUACCUCUCAGCCUUCCUGAAGGAGAGACUGAUGCCAGAGGAACCCAUUGUUGUGUAUUCCAUGCCCUAUCUGAAGCGUUUAGCCAAGAUCAUGGUCACAACAGACAAGAAAGUCCUCUGGAACUACAUUAUGUGGCGGCUAGUACUGGACAUCACGCCACAUCUCAGCCACGCCUACAGGGCCUCAAGGCACGAGUUCAGGAAAGUUCUCUUGGGCAUUCAGUCUGACCGUAACCGCUGGAACGUCUGCAUUGACUGGACCAACAAACGACUUGGUAUGGCAGUCGGGGCGCUCUUUAUCAAGGAGAAUUUCAAUCCUGAGAGCAAGGAAACCGCCCUGGAGAUGAUCCACACGUUACGGUCUGCUUUCUCUGACCUGCUGGAAGAGAAUGACUGGAUGGACGACGAGACCAGGUCGGUUGCGCGCGAAAAGGCCAACGCCAUGAAUGAGAAGAUCGGUUACCCAGAGAUGCUCACGCGCCCAGACGAGCUCGCUGUCGAGUAUGAAAAUCUGACCAUCGAGCCCAACCAGCACCUGCAGAACGUCUUCAAUUGGUUGCGUUACGAUGCCAACAAAAACUUGGGGCGUCUGCGCGAAGACGUCAACAAGGCCAAGUGGUCGACUGCUCCGGCUGUUCUGAACGCCUUCUAUAAUCCCAAUUUCAAUGAUAUAGUCUUCCCAGCGGGCAUCCUUCAACCCCUCUUCUACUCGCAGCAUCUUCCCAAAUCCUUAAAUUAUGGAGGCAUAGGAGUUGUCAUAGGGCACGAGAUGACUCACGGAUUCGACGACAAAGGCAGACAGUUUGAUAAAGAUGGCAAUCUCAAGCAGUGGUGGAAUAAUCGGACCAUUCAAGCAUUCAGAACGCGCGCACAGUGCAUCAUUGACCAGUACUCGGGUUAUAAAGUCGACCAGGUUAAUCAGUACAUCAACGGGAGAAUGACGCAAGGUGAAAAUAUUGCCGAUAAUGGUGGCAUUAAACAGGCUUACAGAGCAUAUCGGCAGUGGGUGAAGCGAAAUGGAGAGGAGAAGCUACUGCCUGGGAUCAACCUCAACCACGAUCAGCUUUUCUUCCUAAAUUAUGCCAGGAUCUGGUGUGGCACAAUGAGACCAGAGGACGCUCUCUCCAAGAUCAGAUCAUCAGUGCAUUCUCUGGGCCCAAUUCGAGUGUUAGGGCCUCUCUCCAACUCUGCAGACUUCGCCAAAGCCUACAACUGUCCCGUUGGCAGUAGGAUGAACCCAGAGAAAAAAUGCUCUGUCUGGUGAAUAUCUUCGGAAGACAACUCUGAGCCAAAGUUGAUUUUCUCAAUCCUCAUGGUUUUCUCUCACCUGCCAUCUCGUUGAAGAGUAAGAAAGAGAACUGUGAUGGCGCUGUGUAUUUUUCAAGUCAUGGUGUUUGAACACAAAGGCUUUGUAACACUUCAUGGUAUAAGAUUGGUGAGAAUGAGUUCAUGGGCUGUGUUGUGUACCAUUGUUCGUAGAGGGGUAACCAAGAGUUCGACAGUUAUUUUAAAUAUUUUGUGGAAUUUGUUCCAACAAAGCUAUUCAGAAGUUUCAGGAACACUAGCUCUAGUCUGAACACGGAAAACCUCAAACUAAUAAUGUGGCAAAGGACACUGGUAUUGUUUCAUUCCAUGAUUAUAAAAACAUAAAGAAAUACAGAGUUAAAAUUACUGUAUUCGAGUUUCGCCCCUGAAUUAGUAAGUUAUUUGAAAGUCAAAGGGAAGUUAGAUGUCUCAGGAUAAUACACGUUAGAUAACUAAGAGUUUGUACAAUAUGAAAGGUUUUAGAGUAUGAAGAAAAUAUUUUUACAUUAAAAAUGUACAACAUAUGAAAUUUUCAUUGUAAUUUGAUUAGUAUUUAACACUUAGUUCUAAAGAUAUUUUUAUCAGGUAGUGUUGGGUAGUCGUCAGUGAGUAAAAAUUGGUUGUCAUAUUCUUGUACUGCACUUGCACUGGUAUGGGUCACCAUUCAGGGGCUACUUUACAAAAGGGAGGGCAUUGGUAAUUAGAAGCAUCUUACGAAAAAUGGUGUUGCUCUCAUUUGGCAUUUAUUAAAAACUCAUAUAAACUACAUAGAUCUAUUUAUAGUAAACCUUUGGUGGUAUAUAUGAAUAUUUCCUUGCUGUUAACGUGCAUCUGACUGCCAGAUGAUAGCAUUUUUAUAUAUAUAUAUCUCAUGGAUACUCAAAGAAUAUUUUCUAUUUUUAUGUCAUUUUUUUUCUUCCAAGUAACAUUAAGUGUCUUCGUGGUUUUCUUCUUCUGGCCUGUCUUGAUGUUGUUCUCUCCUCUGCAUCAAAUAUACAAAGUUUUGGUCAUUAAUCUCUCUUAUUGUGACUUACUAGUAUAUAAGUGUUUGGGAUGGGGGGUUGUGAGACUGAAGAUAUAUACAUAUAUAUAUAGCCGACAGAAAUCUAUUUAACACAAAUUUAUUCCACUUAAGGUAAUUCUUUCAAUCUAUACGACAUAAUACAGUAUUUAACUUAUAUGUCACUAAGCGGUAAAUUAAAAUCCAUAUGUUACUUACAUAAGUAGAGAGACACAGGAGGAUUCCGAUAUUUUAUAACAUAUUGAUGUUUGCCAUCUCAUGAUAAAAGGAACAUUUUACCUUGAAGAGGAUUUUUCCAAUGCGUGGAGAUAUUUAUUUUUUCUUUGCUCCUCGUUAACCAUCCUCAGUAGCUCCAUGUUAGAUACAAUAUCCUUUGAUCUUUCUAAGUAGCGUUGUAAUAACACAAAACUAAGCAACCAAGGCAGACCUUGUUGCAUAGAAUUUCUAACCACCUGGUUUAUCAGUACUUGGACAUAAGUACAUAUAUUUAGAGGGAUUUUUAACUUUUUAAACUCAAGAUUAUGACUCCUUUAUUCCCACACUAUCUGUCCUUAUCAUAAAUAUUUGUCAGCAAUAUUAAAGAACGUCUUUGGAAUGCAGAAAGAUUUCUAUGGCCACUUCAGCAUAUUUGAUUUGAUACAGGCAGUGCAGUAGAUCGUAACAUUAGUCAUGAGGAACACUGAAUAUUUGUUGUUCUCAUUUAUGCUCUAGCAGUUUUAAUCUGUUCACAAUAUUGUUCUCCAUCAAACUUGAGAUUUAACCUACUUCCAUUCCAUGUUUCUACUGCACCUUCGAAAUCAUUCAGACCCCUUAUGCAUUUACAAAAAAAAAUUGUUGUUUACGUUCUCAUUAUAAACAUUUCUUCAGCAUUUAUAGUACACCUCACCCCUUGCAGAGCAUGUAGUGAAAGUUUGAUCUAUGUAAUAUCUGUAGUUUGUCAAGCUAUGUUUGAAUUUGUAUUCUCUCAAAAUCAAGUAGGCUGCUUGUCUCCUGAGUACAACUUAGGGAAGAAGAAAAAACAAGAUGCCUGGCAUGCUGGGACCAACUGUUAGUAAUAUUUAACAGGAAGGGGCCAGUGCAGAAACCAACCUGACAUUAUUUAUGUAAAAGCAAAAAAGCCAAAACACUACCUCCUCAUCCUUCUCCUUCUCCUCUUGUGGUAAAUUUAAUAGUAGUAGUAUGAUCUUGCUGCUGUAUUUAUGUUGCACAACUCAUUCAGUGGUAUAGCUAUUAGAAACAUUUAUUUUACAAGGUGUGUUAUCAUUAGUAAAUCAAACUCAUAUUAAAGCUAGAAUUCUGUAUAAGGUCCAUGCACAAUUUCUAGGUUGGGAAUACAUACUGCAUUGGUUUAACACUGACACUCUUAAUUAGGAUGAAAUUUAAAGGUUUGGCAUUUCUUUUUCAGAUGAUUUAACAAAACUUCAUGGUGCCUAUUAAUGAUUAAGUCACUAUCCCAUUUAACUUAACACGAACUUGGCUCCAUUAUCUUAUGUUUACUAGGUUUCUUAAAUUAAUGUUUUAAAGAAUCUCUGUAAAAUGUUCUCAUACACCCAUUAAUUACGAACUGAUUUAAAAGAAGCAAACCAUUACAGUAAAUUUUCUUUACUCAUUCCCAGCUCCUUAUCUAUGACAAAAAAUUAUAAUACAAAUUAUCUUACUAUCUUUAUCUUACUAUCUUAACAUGCCUCAGACAUCAAAAUAAUUAAUUGAUUUGGUAGAGGGGCUUUCUCUUCUGAAAGAUGUAUGCAUACUCUUCUAGUACUUAAAAAGGUGAUUGAGAAUAUCGAUGUGAAACGGUGAGAAUAAAUGAAAAGUAAAUAUAAUGUAAGUCUAUAUAAAUACAAAAUACUUUUUUCUGAUGAAAAUACAUCUGUUAGUUAGCACUUUUGCAUCUACCAAUUUAUCCAUUUGACCUAAUAGACUUCAUAGACUGAUAUGGUCUCAAAACAUUAUUAGUGAGAUGUCAGUCUGUUGAAAGGCCAUUUACUGGAACCACGAAAUUAUAAGAAAAAGAUGAGAAAAGGGAAAAGAAUUUACAGUGACCCUUUCACCCAUAAAAAUUCUAAGGUUAUGAGGUAAUGCAAGUAAAAAUACGCCAAUGUAUUCAAUUCCUCCACAUGCAGCACUAGCUUUUUUGUCUUGUCUUUACCAGAGAAUGAUGUUGUGCAACAAAUUCCUGUUCAAUCCAGUAUGAUACAGCCACAUUCCAUGCAUUCCAGUGUCGCACUAUAAAGAUGAGUGUCUUGAAGUAAGUUACAUUAUUCCCAUUCAAUUUCCUCAAAUUGAAUUUAACCAGAUCUCCCAUUUACCAAAACUUGACAUACAUAUUAAUGAGAUGUAUACUGUACCAAUGUGUGCAUUUAUAUCAAGUUAUUAAGCAUCAUCAAUCACAUACAUAAAUCAUUAUUCCAUUUUCAGGUUUUCUAUUCUAAUGAAUUCAGUGUAUAUACAAAUACUGUAUCAUGAGAACUCAAAAUAUUAUAUUAAUAAAGUUUAGAAAUAUACAGUGUAAUAUAGAUAUCUAUUUAUCACCCAUUCCAUUUGCAGAAUUUUAAUUCAUUACAAUUAAACUUAUAAACUUUGGCAUUUAAGAAAAACCAAUAAAAUCUAAGCCGGAAAUUUUAGUUACUUUGUUACUUUUGUACACUGCUCAAUACCUGUCUAUAUGGUAUUUGCAGAUGAUUCCUAAUCCUUUUCUUUUGUACAACUAAUUUAGGUUUCAUUCUUGUGAAAUAACUGUACCUUAUGUAAAUCUAUCCUCACUGACUUAACAUGAAAAGAAUUUUCAUUUUAAUUAUAUAUAUAUUAUAUAUAUAACAAAAAUCUCAUUUAGUAAUGUAAGGCUCUUUGUACAACAUAUCAUCUGCUCUAGUGUCAUCAGGGUCUUUGCUUUUGUUUAUUUUCUCCAAUUUUACUUCCUUCAGACCAUUCCUGACUUGGCAUUACAUUGUACAAGGAAGCAUGAGGCCCACUCUGUUUCACAUACAAUUUUCUUUACAACCUUCAUGUUGAACAGUUAUCCUUCUGAGCCACCUCCCAGGUACUUUUAUUAUCAGAACACUUGUCUCUCAUCUUUCAUGGUAUGGUUAUAGUGAAUACAUUUUCUUUGUAGCUAUAGGACAAAACUUGUGCCCCUGUAAGACAUAUCUGCUGUGUUUAAAAACAAUUCUACCAAUACUGUUAAUACCCACUUGUAUAAAACAUCUGGCAACAAUAUAUAGUUAUAUCAAGGGUUUCAUGGGCAAUGUCCUACCUCAAAACUUACAAUUGGUAACUAAAAUUCCCAAGAACACUGAGUACUUGAGGUGCCAGUCACAUUGUCCUUUUAGUCUUCAAAUCCUUAUUGGCCGACUGACUUGACCAGAUUAAAAGAUCCUUCCUUAUCGCAAUCGUCAUAAUCAAAAUAUCUACUAUUAACAUAAUGUCUAAUAUUUAUAUUUCAUAUAACUUUCUCAGCCCAAUUUAUUUUUAAUUUUGUGCAUCCAUUUUUUCUGCUGAGUUUCAUGAAAGUAAUCCCUUAGCUUCUAGUUGAAUGUGAUGGCAGAAAGAGGACUAUUUUCACUUUGUACUGAUUUGUAACAUGAAAAAGUAAUGAGAUUUUUAUUGCACAAAUUACCGCUUUGUAUAUAUACCAUGCAGUUUUGUCGCAAGUUUAGAACACUUAUGGAAUUAAACGUCUAAUUACUGAA